UAUUUAUAUUCCAAUUGAUUUUAUAAUGAUAUAGUAAAUAUGAGAAAGUAAGCAUUUUUUCAAUAAUAGCGUGCUGUGACACUUUUAGAUUUUUAUGCCUGAUUUUGUAAGCAAGUAGAUUUUAAGUGAAGUGAAACUUGGGGGUAUGCAAGACCAAUCAGACUUCUGAAAGGGGUACAGUAGUCUGAAAGGUUGAGAACCACUGCACUAAACAACAUGACCAGCAUCUGUCAUGUGGGUUUUUUCCUUCUUUCUUUCUUUCUCCUCCGGCAGAAAAUUGUGUGUAGAUUGGAACAGCAGGUGGUGAAGUUUGUGGUGGUUCUUACAAUCCACAGGAGUUUGCUCCAAGAAAGGGUGACUAUGAGGCUGCUUUGACAAUUUAGGACAAUCGUGUGAGUAUAAACCAUUUCUGGUGUAGUGAAAAGACAUUGUUCAAAUGAAAUGGUAUGUACAUGCCUCAUUUUGUAUUUGAUGUAAAAUAGAUAAAGGUGUGAUACCAUUUUCUGGUUUUAUUUUGAAAAGUUUAAUUGGCAUUUUAGAGUGACUAUUCAACUCAACUGGCAAAAUCACAAAUGAAGUUACAGAGAUCAUCCUAAACCCAUGCCAAAAACCCCUUUAUCUCAAACCAUCAUAUUUAAUGUUGUUUAUACCACAUUUUAUUUAAAUAUUUUUAGUGUUUUCCAAUUUCAUAUCCUGUUAUCUUUAGUCAGGCUGCUAUAGUUGCUAUGUAGAUGCCUUGGAGGUAUGGGGGGAAAGAGAUAAUCUUUAAAAGUUUAACAUUAUGUAAAAUAGUUUUUGUAUAAAUAUAAACUGUCAUGAUUAAAAUCAGAUCUCGUAGAUUAAUUACCAGUCCAGUUACUAGUUAGGCUUCUUCUUUCUUAGUCAUGUCUUUUCUUUUCUAGGUGACUUAUUAAAAUUUUUUGCUGUCUGAACUUUGGAGGAAUCUUUCUAAAAUAAUCCACAGCAAAUUAACCAGGAAUCUGUAUAACAGGUCUCUUCAUGCCUGUUUUGGUGUUAAACUUUACAAAAAUAUCGUGUCCUACCUAGUGAUUGUUGCAAAGUAAUAGAGGUAAUUAUGGUCCAUUUUGGGGCAAUCAGAGAUCGUAGAAAAGGUAGUUUUCACACAUACUUUAUUUGAUUUUAUAAAUGGAAAAACACCACAGAUAAAAUAAUAUGAAUAUUAUUUGUAGAUUGCUGUAUUUCUGAAAGAUGCAAUUUGGGUUGUUCUAUCUGGAAGAGUAAGAGGAUAGAAUUAAUUUUGUACUGUCAAAGUAAGUUAACUUCCACUUAAAUAUGGGUAAUGCAACAUAAGAAUGCUUUCUGAUUAUAGAUUGCUCCUGCAUGCCUGUCAAACGGAAAUAUGUUAGCUGUGCUAGAUAACUGCUCCAUGCUGUACCGGCUUCAGUUGGAAGGUGUAAAGGUGGGAGACAGAUGGAAUGAAGUUAUCCCUCUUGCAAAGAAGCACACCAAAGAUCAUGUUUGGCUUUUCAAUGAUGUCCACAUUCUCAUGUCUUUGCUAAGGGUCAAAGACCACAAAACCACCAAUGAGCUCUUAACAACUUUUCAUGAACUUGCCAAAGCACCUGGUGAAGACCAUGAGCUAGGUCUGGCUCCGAAAUUGGGGUUGCCGCUUUGCCAGGCUUUGGUAGAGUUUGACAAUGGAAAUUAUGACAAGACAGUAGAAUUACUUUAUCCAGUUCGCUACAAACUCCUGCAGAUAGGAGGCAGCAAUGCUCAGAUGCCUCCUGGCAGAACGUGAUGGGUUGAGACCAAAUUCACCAUUGACUGAGCGACUUAUUUGGAAAGCAUCAGCUGUUCAUGCGAUGGGAUGAAUCUUAAAUCUGUUAUUCCAGUGGAAAUAAUAAUUAGCACUAUAAUGAGUCUCUUUCUGUGGCAUUAAAAGACUCAAAAUAGGGAAAAUCCUGCAUCAGCAGCCAAAACAGAUCUUCUAAAUAUCUGAGCUUUGGGAAGCUUCUUUUGGUGAUUCAGCAUCAUUGCUUGAGCUUCUGGCACACCUCUGAUUCUUGGAAGAUUGUAGCCUUGCUGUGCCUAGCAGGGCGACAGUAGCAAAUAAAAUAGAUAUCAAUCAUUUGUUUAAAAGCAUGCUGAGCCUUUGCUUUUCAGGAGAACGCAUCAGUCUUAUGCUUAUCAGGUUGCAGGAUAACACUUAUUGCAAGGUUGUGAACUGCCAAAGUAGGCAGUGGUGUUGCUAUUCAAUUACAUGAAUACUAGAUUGGGAUGGAUAGAGCUUUUAUAUGAACAGCCCAAUAACCACAGCAGGCUCUGGCCCCACAGAACCACUGCUGCAAAUAGGGGCAGGAUGUGGGAGCCCUGUGCCUCCACGAAGCUCCACUCCAUAUCGUCUCCUCAUGCAUGCGGUGGUGGGGGAGGAGAUUGGGGUUUUGAACUAAUGAAUCAGGUGACAGUCUUCUAUGGAGUGGCACUAGCCACAUGGUGUGCUCCAAUCCUGGAAUUGCAAUAGAGGCCUGGGGGAAGGUAGGAGAGCACUUCUGGGUGGGGAGGGAUAGCUCAGUGGUUUGAGUAUUGACCAGCUAAAGCCAGGGUUGUGAGUUCAAUCCUUGAGGGGGCCAUUUAGGGAUCUGGGGAGUUGGGAAUUGGCCCUGCUUUGAGCAGGGGUUUGGGCUAGAUGACCUCCUGAGGUCCCUUCCAACCCUGAUAUUCUAUGAUUCUAUACAUCGCUCAUACACAGCAAUAUCCCACAUACACUAUCCAAUAUGCAGCCCAGAUCCUUGGGCCCACCUGCUGGCUCUAGGUUCCCCAAAGGCAUAAUUCUGAAUUGUUGACUAUUCAAGAUCAUGCCUGUAUGACUUUAUUUUGCAAGUCAACAAUUUCACAGUUUAGAAUGAACUUUUUACUGAUUGAAUUUAAGAUCUUUAUUAAAUAUGCAAUAAUAAAAACAAUGUGAUUUUUAUCCUAAAUGCUUACCUUGUUUAUAUGUAAUGUGAUUUAUAUGUAAUUAAUACUACCUAUGGUCCUUCAUUCAAUUCAGUGAUAUGAUCAUUUUUUUCUGAACUCACCCAUUAACAAGGAAGUGACUAAAGGUAUGAAACUGCAGUUUAUGAAUAUUUUACAUAUUCAAUGUGGAUCUCUUCAGCAGAAUUCUGGGAUGAGUCAAGCUAUUCUGUGCACCAAAUGUGUGAGAGAAAGCCAUACUGUUUGAAUUUAAAAUGUAUGGUAUCAAGUUCAGCAAAAAUAUUCAUAUUCACCCACCCAUCCAAAAAAAAUCCCACAAAAAACAAAAUCCCAUUUUGGGAACUCAUUUUCAGAGGUGGAAUUGGCACCAGAAACUUCUGUUAAACUAGUGUUAGGCACGUAUGUGGCCAGACUGCAGAAGACUUUCAUUUACACUUAUCUUUCCCUACGCCCACGCAAUCCUUUAUUCCUUGAAUGAGU